GGUGUAGCACGUGUAGCGCAGAAAGGCGGAGCUUUGGAAAGUCACCUGACUGGGCGCUCCCGGAAGGGUCUUUACAAGCCUGGUGGUGUCAAGAGUCUGAAAGCCGGAGCUGGGGAGGGAGAAGCAGAGAGGAGGCUGCGGGAAAGCGCUUCCAUUUAAGUGUUGAACUGCCUCUUAAGCUGAAGGAGGAUGCUACGGGUGGCCUCUUGCACGGCUCUUCUCCUGCUGCUCAAGAAGGCAGUGGGUCUGCCAUGGUUUCAGUGUGUCGGCGCAGUGCUGGUCUUCUACCUCGGCUCUGGAGGAUGGAAAUUCAUGAGGAUUUUCUUCAUGACGAUAAGAAGAGAUCUCUGGGGAGCCUUUACCUUGGUGAGGGUGAAGCUUCAAGUGCGAAAGCACCUGCACGAGAGAAACACAGUCCCUGACAUAUUCCAGGAGUGCGUGAAACGCCACCCCAACAAAACAGCUCUAAUUUUCGAAGGAACGGGAGUCUCGUGGACAUUCAGGGAGCUCGAUGAGUUCUCCAAUGCAGUGGCCAACUUCCUGCACGCCGAGGGCUUCCGCUCCGGCGAUGUCAUUGCGAUUUUUAUGGAGAACUGCAAUGAGUAUGUGGGUCUGUGGUUGGGUAUGGCCAAAAUCGGGGUGGAGGCUGCCCUGAUUAACUUCAACUUGCGGUUGGAUGCUUUGGAACACUGCUUCAGCGUCUCAAACUCCAAAGCUGUCGUUUUUGGGAAAGAGAUGUCCCAAGCCAUGUGUGACGUCUACUCCUUGAUGGGGAAAUCAGUCCGCCUUUACUGCUUUGGAGAAUGUGAUUCCAAAACUGUCCCCGUCGGCACUGAAUUCCUUGAUUCCAUCCUGCAAAGCGCAUCUCGCCAUCCACCAAAGGGUCCCGGCCGCAGCUUUACAGAUAAAUUAUUUUACAUCUAUACAUCUGGAACGACUGGUCUCCCUAAAGCUGCAAUUGUAGUGCAUAGCAGGUACUUUCGCAUGGCUGCCUUGGUGCAUUAUGGAUUCGGUAUGAGUUCCGACGAUGUGGUAUAUGACUGCCUUCCACUUUACCACUCCGCAGGUAACAUUGUGGGAAUUGGUCAGUGUCUCCUACACGGUUUGACUGUCGUCAUUAAAAAGAAGUUUUCUGCCUCUCGUUUCUGGGAUGACUGUGCCAAAUACAACUGCACGAUAGUACAGUAUAUUGGGGAAAUUUGCCGCUACCUCCUGAACCAGCCAGUGCGGGAAGCAGAAUCUCAGCAUCGUGUGAGGAUGGCUCUGGGGAACGGGCUGCGCCCUGCAAUUUGGACAGAAUUUACCUCGCGCUUCCGAAUCCCGCAGGUGGCAGAGUUCUACGGAGCGACUGAAUGCAACUGCAGCUUGGGCAACUUUGACAAUCAUGUGGGAGCCUGUGGAUUUAAUAGCCGGAUUCUGCCUUUUGUGUAUCCCAUAAGACUGAUGAAAGUGAAUGAGGAAACGAUGGAGCUUAUCCGUGAUGCUCAAGGUCUUUGUAUCCCAUGCAAACCAGGUGAACCAGGCCAGCUAGUUGGUCGUAUCAUUCAAUCAGACCCAUUGCGCAGAUUUGACGGUUAUGUGAACGAGGGCGCGACCAACAAGAAGAUUGCGGAAGAUGUUUUCAAGUGUGGGGAUAUGGCAUAUCUCACAGGAGAUGUGUUGGUAAUGGAUGAUCUGGGUUACAUGUAUUUCCGUGAUCGCACUGGGGACACGUUCAGAUGGAAGGGAGAGAACGUGUCAACCACUGAAGUGGAGGGUACAUUGAGCCGGCUGUUGGGGCAAGCAGAUGUGGUGGUCUAUGGCGUGGAAAUUCCAGGAACGGAAGGGAGGGCAGGAAUGGCCGCUGUCGCUGACCCCAACAGCACCUGUGACCUUGAGAAGUUUGCCAAGGACCUGAAAAAAUCAUUGCCCGCUUAUGCACAUCCCGUCUUCCUGAGAAUAUUGCCGGAAGUGAACAAGACCGGGACCUACAAAUUCCAGAAAACGGAGAUGAAGAAGGAAGGCUUUAAUCCACUCUGUGUUAAAGAUUCACUGUUUGUCUUGGAUUCCCAGCAAGGACGUUACACCCCCCUGACCCCAGACAUGUACAGUAGGAUUCAAACGGGCAAGUUCAAGCUUUGAGCCUCAUCUUGGAUGGUGGGGGGGCUAGUCAUGGUGUCACAUGACGGGGUUGGAACACUAUCAUCACGUUUUGCUGGUGGAGAGGCGCAGGGAAGUCCUGGCAUGUGAUCAUCCAAUAGGGAAUUUUUUCUUUUUUGCAAACCAAAGUAUUACAUCGGACAGUGGGAUCCGUGUGCAUUAAUGGUUGAAAAAAGGGACGUGUGUUUUUUAAAUUUUUUUUUCUUUUCUAAUUUAUUUUUUUUAGCAGACCGUGUGAGAAAGAAAUGGCAAUAAGCUGCUCUAGUAUUUCCUCUUGUGUCUCGUACACUCCAUCUCUGUCUGUCUUGUGACUCGGCCUUCCUGGGAUAUGAAUGAUUUGAUGGAAGGCGAUUUCAUGCAUGGCCUAGGCCUGGCUCACAGCAUCCUGUGGUCUGAGGAUAAUCAGGAGCAUGUUCUACUGUAUCCAUGUUUUAUAUUCAUUAUGUCUGGGGAGAGACAAACGCAAUGUAGUGUUGGCUUCUGUAGUUGUGUGGGAACUAAAGUGGAGCCGAGAUUCGGUACAUUACCCUAAUCCAACUGACUUGACUCUAGUGUUAGUGUCCCACCUCCUCUUCUUCCCUGCAAUAUCAGUAAGUAAUGGCAGCACAUCCAAAUGAGGUUGGAAGAGGCAAGGUUAGCACAUUGUUACUUGUCUCCUAUCCUGAGACAAGUCUGUUCAACUUAAUUAACCGUAACACCAAAAAAUUAAAGUGUUUUAAAGGAAUGACAAUAUCAUGUAGUGUUGCCCUGCACUGGUAAAACUGGUGUGUUUGCUUUAGAAAUACAACUGUAGUUCAUAUAAACAAGCAGCUGUGUAGCCAUGGGGGCAGCCAUUCAUAAACAAUAGAUAACCGAUACGUUCUGAUGAAUCCCAUUGUAUACUGCAGAGCUUAUCUGUUAUCUGCUGCUUAAUCCUGAGCCUUUUCUAUUUUUUUUUUUU